AUGAAGGAUAAACUUAUUUUAGAACAACUUCCAAAUGAAAUAUUUCAAGAUUUAUUUGAAUAUUUUGAUAUUUGUGAAUUAUAUAAAACAUUUUCUCAAUUAAAUUUUCGUAUUGAAUCAUUAUUAACAAAUUUUAAAUAUCUUCAAAUAAUUUUUUAUACACCUGAAGAUAUUGAUUAUCGAGUUAAUCGAUAUUUUUUACCUAAAACAAAAACAUUGAUUAUUAAUCAUAUAAAAAGUUUUUAUGAUCCAAUUAAAAUAAGUUUAUUAUCACAUAUUCGUUGUUUAAUACUUUGUCAGCCAACACGUGAACAAUGGAAUUCAAUUCAACCAUUAUAUUUUCCAUAUCUUGAACGUUUAUAUUUAAUAAAUUCAAGAUUUGUUUAUCGAACCGAACAACUUUGUUAUUUAAUUUUUUUCAAAUAA